AUGAGACGAGAUACCGACAGUGUUCCUGUCUGGUGCGCUGUUCUCUUCGCGGCCUCAGGGGUUUUCCAGGUAGACAGGCUCUACGACGACUCGACCCGUCUCUGGGCACCCUAUCAAUGGGCUUGGUACUUAGGGUUGGUCAGAGAAUGUAUCGACAUUGCGCAGCUCGUUAUGGCACGAGAAUCUAGCGCUUCAUCAUGCCUGAGUCUGUUUCUAGCUUCCUGGAUGCUCGUUCUCUACGCCAUUCUGCACUAUUCCAUUCGGCCCGGAAAAGGGAGCAGUCAGACACCUCCAGCUCAGAGCAAAACCCAGAGCACUAUGCCCGGCGAAGUCAAUUUCGAGAAUAUCCACAGAAUAAGUUUCGAUCUGGGACGAUGGACGGACUCGUUUCGUACCUUCAAGCGGUUCAUCUGGCCAAGUGACAAUGCCCCGAUGAAAGUGCGUCUUCUUUUCAUGGUGCUGCUGAAUCUAGGCCGCAAGGGACUCGAGCAUUGGGCUUCGCAGACUUUUGGUCGAAUCAUCGAUGGCCUCGCAGAUAACGAUGUAUGGUCUCCCGGAAGCACGCUUCUGCUUACCGAAGAAAAUUUCGACAAAGCUAUUUUUGCCAAAAUUAUGAGCGCGGAUGCCGCUUUCCAUACGCAGAACAACCCGGCGAGGCUACACAAUGCAGUGGACAAUGCGCAAGGCGUUAGGUCAUCCUUUGACGCUCUCGUAGAGGCCUCUGUCGAUGCUUCGUUUGCAACGUGCGUCACUAUUCCGGCUGCAGCACGUAAGUUCGGACGACACGUAAUAGCCAUCAUGGCCAUACGUCUGAUUGUGUUGUUCAUCAACUUCAGACGAGGGACAGCAAGAUCUCACCGCACCAAUGGGCAAAUUUUGGCCAUUCAGAAUUUCCACAAGGAGCGUCGGGAGGACAAAAUCAGAGGUUGGAGGACGGCGGCUGUCUUUGGCCAGCUCGCGCAUCAGAUUUCCGAGAACGACAAAAGCGUCGAGCGCCUUCACCGAUCAGUAUCCCAGUUUCACAGAGAGGCGCUCACAUCUUGGGCUUACAGAACCAUGACCGAAGACGCCGGACACGUGAUCAGCGUGUUGGUCGUUUGUGCGCAGGUUUUUCUUGGGACGUCGACCCCAGGAGAUCUUGCGGUCUUCCAUUUGCAUUGGGAACAGAUUACAACCCCGGCAACUUUGCUAUUACAGGGCCUACAAGGGAUUAUGAAGAGCUUCCAGGAUGCUACUGACGUAGCGGGAAUCAUGGACAUGGACUCGAAGGGGUCAGUCAAUCGAUUAAGGUGCACAGAGGGUAGAAUAGAGUUACGGGAUGUCAGUGUUAGCCUUGGUGGCCAGGUGGUGCUCGAUUGCUUCAACCUGGAGAUUCCGUCGGAAAAGAAAGUGGCCCUUGUUGGGCCUACAGGUGUGGGAAAAUCAACGAUACUCGGUCUGAUAGCAGGUCAAAUUGAACCUGACAGUGGUAAGGUCCUAGUGGACGGCCAAGAUCUUAGAGAGGUCGACCGCCACUCGUAA